AUGGUCUCGGAAUUCUUUGGAAUUUUUCGUGUUGUUGCCAGCCUUGUUCAGCUUCAGAGUAACAAUUUUCGACAGUCUCCCCACCAAGUCAAUCGGCAAGCUAAAUGGAUUGGCAGUGAGGCUCUGUGUGGCGAUCCGGAUUACGUUGUAGAUCUGAAAAGAAUUGUACUAACAGGUGAGGAAAUCGGCAGAACAAAAUCAUACUAUAAGCCCUAUAGAUUGCUGUGUUUUCGGCCCAUCUACCUAUUUUCAUAG